AUGGUUCUCCAAGGACGAGGGUGUAAAAAGCCAUUUGGGGAGCUGUGUGCAGGUGUGGGGGUUAGGCCUUGUCCUCUGGAGGCCUCUGCUCCAGGACAGUUGCUCAAAGAACUCAAAGGCCAGAAUGGAUGUCUUCUGUUCGUGGUUGUUCCGUGGAGUAGUUCCUCCCGGCCCUCCUGCGCCCACGCGGCUGCCGCUGCUUGGACAUGGGGUUGCUCCUCUCAGCCGCUGCCCCUGACCUCUGAACUGAGGUCUGGAAAAGGGGCCCCGGGGCCCCUGCAGACCCUCCCACAAGCAGCUGUGUGCCCCAUGGACCUGCCCCAGCUGUGGAAGGGCGAGGGUGCCCCCGGGCAGCCCGCCGAGGACAGCGUGAAGCAGGAGGGGCUGGACCUCACCGGCUCGGCCACCACCGCUACCUCGUUCGCCGCCCCCCCCAAAGUCUCACCCCCCCCCCCCCACCACACCCCGCCCAGCGGACAGCCCACUGUGCUCACACCUCGGAGAGACAGCUCCUCCCACGAGGAGACGCCUGGCUCCCACGCCCUGUACGGACCUGGAGAGUGCAAGUGGCCAGGCUGUGAGACCCUGUGUGAAGACCUGGGCCAGUUUAUCAAACACCUCCACACGGAGCACGCCCUGGACCGGAGCACGGCCCAGUGCCGUGUGCAGAUGCAGGUGGCGCAGCAGCUGGAGAGCCAGCUCGCCAAGGAGAGCGAGCGACUGCAGGCCGUGAUGACCCAUCUGCACAUGCGGCCCUCGGAACCCAAGCCCUUCAGCCAGCCAGUGCCAGUCUCCGCGGCCGGCUCGUUCCCAGACGGCCUCGCGCACCCCCCCACCUCGGCCGCCGCCCCCGUCACCCCGCUGAGGCCCCCCGGCCUGGGCUCAGCCUCGCUGCACAGCGGGGGCCCUGCCCGGCGGAGGAGCAGCGACAAGUUCUGCUCCCCCAUCUCCUCAGAGCUGGCCCAGAACCAUGAGUUCUACAAGAACGCCGACGUCCGGCCGCCCUUCACCUACGCCUCCCUGGUCCGCCAGGCCAUCCUGGAAACCCCAGACAGGCAGCUGACCCUGAAUGAGAUCUAUAACUGGUUCACCAGGAUGUUCGCCUAUUUCCGGAGGAACACAGCCACCUGGAAGAAUGCGGUGCGACACAACCUCAGCCUGCACAAGUGCUUCGUGCGCGUGGAGAACGUCAAGGGUGCCGUGUGGACUGUGGACGAGCGGGAGUACCAGAAACGGAGACCGCCAAAGAUGACGGGGAGCCCCACCUUGGUGAAGAACAUGAUUUCGGGCCUCAGUUACGGAGCACUUAACGCCAGCUACCAGGCUGCCCUGGCCGAGAGCAGCUUCCCCCUCCUCAGCAGCCCCGGCAUGCUGAACCCUGGCUCCGCUAGCAGCCUCCUGCCCCUCGGCCACGACGACGCGGGUGCCCCCGUGGAGCCGCUGCCCAGCAACGGCAGCAGCAGCCCGCCUCGCCUCUCCCCACCCCAGUACAGCCACCAGGUACAGGUCAAAGAGGAGCCGGCUGAGGCCGAGGAAGACAGGCGGCCCGGACCCCCCCUGGGGCCCCUCAACCCCAGCACCGCGGGGCCUCCAGAAGACAGGGACCUGGAGGAGGAGCUGCCGGGAGAAGAACUGUCCUAAGGGCCUCCAGGGGCGGGCGGGGCAGGGGUGAGACCCCACCCUCCGGGAACCCAGGCCCCACUUACCCCCACUCCACACCCCGCCCAACCUCAAGGCACU